CAAUAAGAUGUCGAUUCGCGUUGGGGCGCUCUGCGGUUCUCACGGAUCGCAGGCGCUCGUGACAUGUCCAGCUCGCAUCUUUCGCUGGCGACUGACACCUGCUGUAGGAGGCGCACAGCUCGCGGCGACGUCACCAACGUGUCGCGGUGUUUCCACCACAGCCCUGCCGCGUGGCCCGCGCCCCGCCGCGAGCAGCAGCCCCGCCAGCGACAGCAAGGGCGCCACCAAGCCGCCCAGCAAGCCCAAGCAACACAGCACUGAAGAUGGUGGCAGUAGCGGCGGCAAGCGGCCCACCGCCCCUCGCCCCCGCCGCGAUCCAUCGCGAUCUGCCACUGCCGCUCAGCCAGCACACAGCGGCCCCAGCGGCUCCAGCAGCAGCACCAGCACCAGCAGCGGCAGCCGCAGACCCCGCCCUGCACCGCCCGCCCGGCCCGCAGCCACCGCCGACGGCAACGCCGCGGCCUUCAUGGCUGCAAUCCACACCGCCCAGGCGCAGUUCGCCUACAAGGCAGCCGCCGGCGCCGCCCCAUCGCCCUCCUCCAGGUCAAAGGCCGCCGGCUCCGGUUCCACGGGGCCGUCCUCGUCUUCCGCCGCCGCAGCUACCUCUUCCACCACGGUCCCUCGGAAGUCAUUCCUGAAGCUGACGCCGGAGGAGCAGGCGCGGGCGGCCGCCACGGCCACGCUGCCGCCGGGCCGCGUGCUAGGCUUCCUGAGGACAGCCACCGCCGGCGGCGGCAGCAGCCGGCGAGUGGCGGUCGGGGUGUGUCAGAUGCUGCCGCCGCUGCUGGCCUCGCGCGGCUACACGGGGUCUCAGGUGGUGGCGGUGGUGGCGGCGCUGGGGGAGGCACGGUGCCGUACACUGCCGGGAGCCAGCGACACGGCGGGGCAGUUGGCGGCGUGGCUGCUGGACUGCGGGGCGGCAGCAGGAGGAGGGGGUGGCGGGUUACUGGGCUUGGGUGUUGGGGCGCGGCGGCCGGCGGCGGUGGAGGCGGAGGUGCCGGGGCUACUGCCGCGCCUGCUGCCCGCGUUGGCGGCGGCGGGCCAUACGGGGGAGGAGGUGUGGUCUGCCGCCUGCCGGCUGAUGCAGACGCACAUCCGCACCUACAGCGGGGACCAGUUGGCCAGUCUGGUGGCGGCGCUGGUGGCACUGGAUCAGGAGGACAGCAGCGGCAGCACCAGCGGCAGUAGCAGUAGCAGUAGCGGCAGCAGUAGCAGCGGGAGUGGCAGCGGCUCGGGUUUUCUGGGUGUCCGGCAGCUGGAGCACCCUGCCAUGCAGGGGCGGCUGCAGGCGCUGGCGCGGGACGGCGGCGGCAUAUCGGGCGACGGCGCGGCGGGGGUGCUGCUGGGUCUGGUGGUCAGCGGCGCGACCGUGCCGGCGGAUCAGCUGGCGGCGCUGGUGGGGCGCGCGCUGCAGGGCCGCGCCAGUGCGGCCGGCGGCGGCGGCGGCGGCGGCGGGCUGACGCCUGGCGGGCGGCUGCAGCUGCUGGAGGCCGUGUCGCGCUACAGCGAGCGACUGCCCGCGGGGCCCACAGAGCUGGUGACGCUGCUGGGCCGCUAUCAGCCGGGGCUGCUGGAGGCGGUGGUGGCGGGGCUGGAGCAGGAGGCAGUGGCGGCAGAGGCGGCGGCGGCAGCGGCAGCGGCGGCGGCGGAAUCAGGAGCGGAAGCAGGGCCGGCGGUGGAAACAGGGGCAACAGCGGCUGCAGGGGUAGCGGCCGCAGGGGCGGCACCACCAGGGGCGGCAGCGGCAGCGGCAGGGGCAGCAGGAGCAGUCCGGCUGCGGCCCGACAUGUUUACGGCGGGGGCGCUGUCGCUGUGUCGCCUGAGGUGGUGGAGCGGGCCGUUCUUCCGGGCGCUGGCGGCGGCUCUGACUCGCGGCAUGCAGUGUCGGGAGGUGGAGGUGCGCGACGUGGUGUCAGCGCUAUACGUACUGGCCACAUUCGGCGGCGACGGCAGCAGCAGCAGCAGCAGGAGCAGGAGCAGGAGCAGCAGCAGCAGGAGCAGCCGCGGCAGUAGCGGCAGUAGCAGUAGCGGCAGCGGCAGUAGCAGCCAUAGCUCCGACGGCGACGCUGCCGCCUUUGCGGACCUGUUUGCCGCGGCCGCAGACUUCCUGUCGCCCAGGCUGCAAGGCGGCGGCGGCGGCGGCAGCGGAAGUGGCGGGGGCGGGUGUCUGGCGCCAGCCAACCUGUCACGUGUGGCGUGGGCGUAUGCGGUGGCGGGGGCGUGCGGGCUGCUGCCCAACUCGGGCAGGGCGCGGCGGCGUGUGGACGGCUUCCUGGAGGAGCUGGUGGCGGCGCUCCGGGCCCGGGGUGUGGAGCUGUCCGGCUCCAGCCUCGAGUGCCGCGGCAUGACGGGCCAGGCGCUGAGGGUGUGGGCAGCCCUCAGGCCGCAGCUGCUCAGCGGCAGUAGCAGCGAGAGCGGCAGUAGCAGUAGCAGCGGCAGCAGCAGUAGCAGCGGCACCAGCAGUAGCAGCGGCAGCAGCAGUAGCAGCGGCAGUAGCAGUAGCAGCGGCAGUAGCAGUAGCAGGAGCAGGAGCAGCACGCCCGGUGCUGCCAGGGCGCCUGCUGGCUCUGGACGUAAGCCGGAGCAGCAGCAGCAGCAGCAGCAGCAGCAGGGGAAGCAGGAGCAGGAGGAGGGGCAACAGCCUCAGGGGAGGCGGGGAGGCGGCAGCGUCGACGAGGGCGGUGCCGGGGCGGCGGCGCUGGCGGCCCUGGCCCGCAGCCGCAGCUCUGUGAGUGUGAGCGAGCUGCAGCGGGGUGUGUGGCGCCAGCUCAGAGCGUUGGGCUAUGAGGCGCAGCUAGAGAGGAAGGUCAAGGGUUGGUCAGUGGACAUCUGGCUACUUGCCGAGGAGGACGGCGGCGUGCCCGCUGCCGGGGCCGGCAGCAGCAGUAGCGGCAACAGCAGCAGCAGCAGCAGCAGUAGCAGUAGCAGCAGUAGCACCAGCAGUAGCAGGGGGGCUCUGCAAGAGGGCGGCGCAGGCGCCAGCCGCCGUGUGGCUGUAGCAGUGGAGGUGGACGGCCCCUGGCAUUUCACCACCUCGCAGCCGGUGCGGCUGCUGGGCACAUCGCGGGCGCGGGACGCGGCGCUUCGCGCGCUAGGUCUAGUGGUGGUGGGCCUCGACUACCGAGAGCUGCCGCCGCCCACUACCCCGCCGCCGCCGGCAGCGGCGGCGGCGCCGGCGGCGGGCCGGGCGGGGCAGGCGGGCAAAGCGGCGGGGAAGGUGGAGCGAGGGGGGGCGGAGGAGGCGGUGUGGCUGGCGAAGCUGCAGGCGCGCGUGCGGGGUGCGGUGGUUGCGGCUGCGGCGGGGAAGGGGAGGAGGAAGCGGUGACUGCAGGUGACUGGGGCUUGCACUCGUGAUGGAACAUGGCAAGGGGCAGGAAAGCGUAGUCCC